AUGGCCAAACAACUUCAGAUUCUACAAGUUGUUGAGAAGGUUGAGAUUUCCGAGAGAAUCUGGAAUGUCGCUGUUCAUCUAGGUCGAAGCGAGGAGGGUCAUCCCGUUGUAGGCUAUGUGGCCAUUACACAGUUACAAGCCGCUCAAAAAGAUGAUUUGCGCUCGGCUCAGAUGGAUGCUAUUUUGAAGUGGCUUAACAAUUUCCAUGUGUACAGUCAUCGACUUGAAGGACUGCAAGAAGUAGUGGCCUUUGACGUCCUCUGCGGAAACUUCAACUUCGACAACAUGUCUCCAAGUGAUAUGACAGACUGGAGUCAUCCAUUAUUUCUCAUCUACCACGACCCGUGUCGACUGAAGCCUGGUCUUGAUAAACACUGGACAGUAGGAACACUCAUGCGCUCUCAACGGCUACACGAUCAAGAAGUGGCUACUCCGGAAAAUCUUCAGAAGGUUCUGGAGAAUAGUCAGAAACGGAGUACAUACGUAGAGGACGUGAAGGUAUGGGAAGGAACGGAAGGACAGCUUCCUUGGAGCACCUUCGAUUUAAGGAAUUACCAAGGCAACGGAAAGAGGAGGGUCGAUUAUGUCCUAUGCAGUAACUACAACACUCACAUGAUGCAGGAAUGUGAGGACUAUGCCUUUGUGACCCAGCUGGCCACCUUGACCGAUCACAUCCCAAUCAGUAUGACCCUCUCCACCUCGCUGGGACCUUCCUGUGUCAAGGGUUGGCCUUCCGGUACCCAUAACCAGUCCGGUCAUGACGAAACGGAUCGCCCAGCACGGCGAUGUCGACUGCAGUACGAAACCACCGUAUGACGACGGUCAUCGUUAUCGACAUCGAUGGUGCAUUCGUAGAUUGAGAUUUUGUUUUCUACUGAUGAUAAUCGUGUUUUAUACGGUAGAUAA